UACAAAACCAAAGCAAGUAGCUUUCUUGUAAUAUAACAUUAUUGUUACGGGCGUUUAAGAACAUAUUCACCUUUGCAUCCAGCAAGAGUGUACCAUCCCACAUGAGCUCCCCACCGCGUUUGACAUUCCUAGCUUGCCAGAAUCGGACCAACCUAACCUCAACUGUGGAGGAACAUCGACCAUACUUCUAAUCAGAAAUAAGAACAGAGGAAUUAGCUUAAAAAUAAGUUUUUUGACUUAGUUUCGUACAUAGAUUGUGAGAAUGGCUUUCAAGAGAAGAAGGCUACUUUUAUAGUCGCAGACUCGCAGAUAAACUGACCUGCAGAAGAGAAACUUGCACUGAAGGCUAGAUCGUGGUUGAUGAAAUCUAUAAGUCGGAAACGUUCUGAUUGAGAUGUAAGGAAUGUUAAAAGACGUGAUUUAUGCACUACAGAGAUUCUUCACUUCGAUUUGAGCAUAUCAAUCUUUCAGAACUCCAUUGGAGUCAGAUAUCGAAGAAAACUAAACCCUAAAAUCCGAGAAGAGGCGAAGAAGAAGAUAAUGGAGUGAUGAAGCGGAGCUGGCCUACACUAGCUUGUCCAAGCGGUUCAGGCGAGGUGUUUUGGGAACACCAAUGGGAGAAGCAUGGUACUUGUUCCGAAUCGGUUAUCAACCAACAUGAAUAUUUUCAAACCUCACUUAAACUUAAACAACAAACCAAUCUUCUCGGAGCUCUAACCAAAGCCGGGAUUAACCCGGAUGGAAACUCGUACAGUUUAGAGAGCAUAAGAGACUCUAUCAAAGAGUCAACGGGUUUCACUCCUUGGAUUGAGUGUAACAGAGAUGGGUCAGGAAAUAGCCAAUUGUACCAAGUCUAUCUAUGUGUUGACCGGUCUGCUUCCGGUUUAAUUGAAUGUCCGGUUUUCCCUCGUGGAAAAUGUGGAAACGAGAUUGAGUUCCCUUCUUUUAAUAUCUGUCUUCUAAUCUCUUUAUCUGUUGAAUCAAAUCGAUCUUUUGUUCAUGGAGAUGGGUUUCGUUUAAAUAUAAUUUAUGGUUUUAUCUAUUGA